AUGAAUCCCAAAAUUUCUGAUUUUGGUUUAGCAAAGAGUUUUGCAGAUGAUGAAGAGACAAAAAGGACUAACAGAAUUUGUGGGACUGUUGGUUACAUGGCUCCCGAGUACGCAAAGCAUGGCAUCUAUUCCAUGAAAACCGAUGUAUACAGUUAUGGAGUGUUGAUGCUUGAAAUCAUCAGUGGUAGGAAAAUCAACAGCUUCUACAAUAAUGAUCGCGCCGUCGAUUUAGCUGGCUAUGUAUGUCGAAAACCUUUGUUCUUCUUGUUGGGUCAGGCAUGGGCGUUAUGGAAAGAGGGUGCAGCGUUAGAACUAGUGGAUCCAAAAAUAGAAGUCUCUAGUAAGGACAAAGAUCAAUUGUUAAGAUGCAUCCAUGUUGGUCUGCUGUGCACAGAAGAAAAUGAUGAUAAACGGCCCACCAUGUCAGAUGUGAUUUUCAUGCUGACAAAUGACAGAGUGCCUUUGCCUGAACCAACAAUGCGAGCAUUCAUCAUAGAUGGAAAUGGAGCAGAAACUACGUCCAUCAAUGGUUUAUCAAUACUUGGCCAAAAUGAGACUGCAUUUGUAUAUGAGCAUCCUGUUUUUGUCAAGAAUCGUAGAUAA